AUGCAAUUAGGUAGAGGUAAAUCUGAAUUAUUGAAACGAGCUGCCAUAUUUGCGGGUAUUACAAUGACGACAACUCCAUUAGCAGCUGGUGAGCUUAAUCGACCGUAUGUAGGCGAAACAGAAAGGUUACUUGUUGACAUCAUGUAUCAUGCAAAUACGAUACCUUAUCUAAUAUGUGCUGUGGCAAUAGAUGAAAUAGAUGGGCUUGUUCCUAAACGUGAUAAUAAUGCUCAACAAUCGAAAGUCAAUGGAAUAAGUGUACUUCUUUCACAUAUUGAAGGUGUUAAAAAUAUACCGAAUUUGAUUGUAUUCGGUGCAGCAAAUCGAUGUAAUGUGAUGGGUGAAGCUUUUCUACGUCGAAUGCAAGUAAAAUGUUUUGUCAGUCAGCCAUUACCUCAAAUUUGA